AUCUACAUCGUGCGCGAAUCCAACGAUUUUCGAUUAUUUCAUGGUGUCAAAAACGAUAAAUUGCGCCAAAAUAUCGGUCUUAUCUGGAUUUUGAUUUUUGAACACUUCCCUUAUCAGUGUUACAACAUAUUUUUUUUCAUUUGUAAACAAAAACAAAUGCAAUUUACUAUUUAUUAUUUAAUAAUUUUUUAAUUUACAUUUACUAAAUGCACUAUGUAUAGUAUGUAGUAUGUACUUACUACCUACUACCUACAUAGUGUGAUAAUUGCAUUACCAAGUACUGCAUUACUGUCGUAACAAAUAAAUGUCAAUAAUAAUUAUGUUUUAAUAAUGUUUUUGAUUCCAUCUCAUUCACAUCAAAUUAUGAUUAAUAAUGCAAAGCAUAAGUCUAUUUCAGUUUUAUUUUAUUUUCAUGUUACUGUAAUAUAUAGUCAAUUUUAAUAUAAUUUAAUAUAAAAACCUACAAUGACCGAUGAUUUGUGCAGUAUUGAUUCGUGGGGUUUGCCUGCUCAAAUCGUUGAAAAUUAUAAAAAACGAGGUAUUAUAUCAAUGUUUCCUUGGCAAGUGGAAUGUCUAACUAGUGAUGGAGUAUUGGAUGGUCGCAAUUUAGUGUACUCGGCGCCUACAUCAGCUGGAAAAACUAUGGUAGCUGAAUUAUUAACAAUGCAGACAGUGUUAGAAAGAGAUAAAAAAGUUUUAAUAAUCCUUCCUUUUGUAUCAGUUGUACGAGAAAAAAUGUUAUAUUUUCAAGAAUUAUUUGAAGGAACAAAUAAAAGAGUUGCUGGAUUUAUGGGCAGUUAUACUCCAGCAGGGGGAUUACGUUCUGUAAAUAUUGCUAUUGCUACUAUUGAAAAAGCUAAUGGUUUAAUAAAUCGCCUGAUGGAGGAGGAUGGACUGCAAGAUGUUGGUUGUAUAGUUGUAGACGAACUACAUAUGCUAGGUGAUUCAAAUAGAGGCUACCUACUAGAAUUAUUGCUAACAAAAAUUAAAUACAUGUCUAAAAUGUAAGUAAUUAUUUAAAACCAUAUUUUAU